UCUUCUCUGUUUGUUUACCGGACUCUCUUUCUUUCUCUCUCCAUGGCUGCUUCAACCGGCACUGGAUGGGCGCAGCUCCGCCAACAGGCCCGAUCUUUAGAGUCUCAGACCGAGAACCUCUUCCAUACCUACUCGCAAUAUGCCUCCAUGGCCAAGCUGCCUGCUAGCCCAUGCGAAGACGAACUCCGCACCGAGUCGCAGCUGAAAGACCUCUUCGAAAAGAGAGAAUCCCUGAUCGCACAACUAUCCCGUCUCCUCGACUCCGAGGCCACGCUCAGCUCGUCCGCCCUGAAACAGAGCUACGUCUCCCGACACCGUGAAGUGCUCCAAGAACACAAGCGGGAACUGCAGCGUCUCACCGCUGCCAUUUCGGAAUCCCGGGACCGCGCAAACCUCCUCUCCAACGUCCGCUCCGAUAUCGAUGCCUAUCGCUCGUCGAACCCCGCCGCUGCCGAGGCGGAUUACAUGCUUGAAGAGCGAGGCCGGAUUGAUCGGAGCCAUAGUGUGAUGGAUGGCGUGCUUAGCCAGGCGUAUGCAAUUAAUGAGAACUUUGGCCUGCAGCGGGAGACUUUGACCAGCAUUAAUCGGCGGAUUGUUGGGGCUGCAGGCCAGGUGCCGGGGGUGAAUGCGUUGAUUGGGAAGAUUGGGAAUAAGCGGAGGCGGGAUGCGGUGAUUCUGGGAGCCUUUAUUGGGGUUUGUUUUUUGAUGUUGCUUUUGCUCCGAUGAGGUUGAGGGGGUUGAGGCGUCCAUCUGCAUUUAUUUUAUUUGUGGUAUUGAGGAGAGGCGUUGGGAGAUUUUCUUUCUUUCUUUCUUUCUUACUUGGUCAUUUCCUAUCGUACAGGAAGCUAAUCAUGGUUGAUGGUGUUUGGACUGCUAGCAUAUCUUACACGCUCACUCCUGAUAUGUAUAUGUAUAUAUAUAUAUAUAUAUAUAUAUAUAUAUAUAUAUACACAAAUAUAUA